AUGGCUGCCUUCCAAGAGGAUGCCCCAGCACAAGCCUACCACCAGAAGCCUCUGGGUGCAGAGCCAUGGAUGCAAGCAUUCGACAGAAUCUAUGCCCAAUUCUGGGCAAAGGUGGCAAGCAGACAAGCAAAUGCCUCACCAAACGAUCAGCGCAUCCAGAUUCAGCCCAUGCCUGUUAGAAGCAAAGAUCAGAAGAAGCACCCGAUACGCACCCCAUGCAGAGUCCUGAAAGGGAAGAGGAUGAAACGGGUCCGGCGGCCAAAUCAGCAGGGCCGACAGCCUACCAUGCCACUCCACAGCAGCUCCACAACACGGCACUCUGGUUGGGGCCGCAUCUAUGUGCGCAAGUCGCGCUGUCGGAGGGUUCCCACUCAGAGACAUCUGCCGCACGCACCAAAAGGACCCAGUAGCCAUGAGCCAACUGAUGGUCCGUAUCGGAGCCCAGGCGGAACAACAUAG